AAUUACUAAUCGAAUCUAAUCCCAAGGAAACCAGAGAAUUUUAUUAUUAAUUUUUGUUUAUUUUUAAAAAAAAAUUAAUUUUCAACCAUGUCGGAAAUAGCGAACACCGAUCCCGAAGGGAUUGACGCCAUUAGGAUGACGUGGAACGUCUGGCCGCGGACUAAGGUGGAAGCGAGUGCCUGCGUGAUUCCGAUGGCUGUUUCUAUAACCCCGAUCCAUUCGCACCCGGACAUCCCGACGCUUCCUUACGCGCCGCUGCGGUGCAAGUCGUGCGCCGCAGUGCUCAACGCCUUCUCGCGCGUCGAUUUCGCCGCCAGAAUCUGGAUCUGCCCGUUCUGUUACCAGCGCAACCAUUUCCCGCCGCACUACGCCAUGAUGUCCGAGACGAACCUGCCUUGCGAGCUCUACCCGCAAUUCACAACCGUGCAAUACUCGCUCCAAGCGAGUCCCGAUCCGAACAACCCUUCCGUUCCCCCUCCAUUGCCGCCGGUGUUCGUGUUCGUGCUGGACACGUGCAUGAUCGAGGAAGAGCUUGAUUUCGUUAAAUCGGCGAUGAAGCAGGCUCUUGGGUUGCUGCCGGAACACGCGCUUGUCGGGUUCGUUUCGUAUGGGACUCGAGCGCAAGUACAUGAAUUGGGGUUCUCAGAUAUAUCAAAAGUCUAUGUUUUCAGGGGAAAUAAGGAGAUUUCCAAGGAACAAGUGUUGGACCAGUUGGGCCUUGGCGCUGCUGGGCGACGGCCAGCUACCGGAUAUCCGAAAGGCAUACAAAACGGGUACUCAAAUACCGGCAUUAACCGGUUCUUAUUGCCGGUUUCGGAUUGCGAAUUCACGCUCAACUCGCUGUUGGAUGAGCUGCAAACGGAUCAAUGGCCUGUAAAGCCGGGUAGUAGGGUGUCGAGGUGUACCGGAGUGGCCCUAAGUGUUGCAAUGGGAUUGCUGGCAGCCUGCACUCCUGGAACUGGUGCUCGGAUUAUUGCUUUGGUUGGUGGUCCAUGUACCGAAGGGCCAGGAACGAUUGUUUCGAAGGACUUGUCGGAACCUGUACGUUCACAUAAAGAUCUUGAUAAGGAUGCUGCACCAUAUUUUAAGAAAGCAGUCAGAUUUUAUGAUGAUCUUGCGAAAGAGCUGGUCAACCAGGGCCAUGUACUAGAUCUUUUUGCAUCUGCUCUUGAUCAGGUUGGGGUUGCUGAAAUGAAAGUUGCAGUUGAAAGAACAGGUGGCCUUGUUGUUCUAUCUGAAAGCUUUGGUCAUUCUGUAUUUAAAGGCUCUUUCAGGCGUAUGUUCAAGGAUGGAGACCAAUCUCUUGGCCUAUGUUUCAACGGCAUGCUCGAGGUCAACUGUUCAAAAGACAUAAAAAUUCAAGGGGUCAUUGGACCUUGCGCAUCCAUGGAGAAGAAAGGAGUCAAUGUCUCCGACACGAUAGUCGGAGAGGGGAACACUACAGCAUGGAAAAUGUGUGGCCUCAACAAGAGUACGUGCUUGUCGGUCAUAUUUGAUAUUUCAUCGACUGAGCGAUCAGAUGCACCAGGAACUGCAAAUUCACAGCUCUAUUUGCAGUUUCUUACGAGUUAUCAAGACUCUGAAGGUAAAACAAUGCUCCGAGUUACGACUGUGACGAGACGAUGGAUGGAAAGUGCUGUUAGUACAGAGGAAUUAGUACAAGGUUUUGAUCAAGAGACAGCAGCUGUUGUAAUGGCAAGAAUGGCUUCUUUGAAGAUGGAGAUGGAGGAGGGGUUUGAUGCAACACGGUGGUUAGAUCGCAGUCUCAUUCGACUUUGCUCGAAAUUUGGGGAGUACCGGAAGGAUGAUCCGUCGUCAUUUACAUUAAACUCUUCUUUCUCGUUGUUUCCUCAGUUUAUGUUUAAUUUUCGGCGUUCACAAUUUAUACAGGUUUUUAACAAUAGUCCCGAUGAAACAGCCUAUUUUCGCAUGCUGUUAAACAGGGAGAACAUCACGAAUGCAGCUGUUAUGAUUCAACCGUCGUUAAUAUCGUAUUCGUUCAACUCGUUGCCUCAACCGGCAUUAUUGGAUGUGGCUUCCAUUGCAGCUGAUCAUAUUCUCUUGCUUGAUGCGUAUUUCAGUAUCGUUAUUUUCCAUGGUAUGACAAUAGCACAGUGGCGCAACAUGGGUUAUCAGAAUCAACCCGAACAUCAGGCAUUCGCACAGCUUUUGCAAGCACCCCAUGCUGAUGCCGAAAUGAUUGUUCAGGAACGCUUCCCUGUCCCUAGAUUGGUUGUAUGUGAUCAGCAUGGAUCCCAGGCAAGGUUUUUGUUAGCAAAGUUGAACCCAUCUGCAACAUACAGUAACUCCAUCGACAUGGCUGCCGGAUCAGAUGUAAUCUUUACCGAUGACGUAAGCCUACAAAUCUUCUUCGAGCAUCUUCAGAAGUUGGCCGUGCAAUCCUGAUUGUAGAUAACAGUUGAAAGAUGUAGAUUUUUUGGUAUGGGACAAAUUCUGUCAGUGUGAGCUCUUAUACUGCCUUACCUCCAUUCCACUUGGUUCAUUUCCUUUUCAUUCCAUCGGAUUUGCGAAUGAGAGGUCGGGUACCCCCACAAUAGCACAGAUCGAUCGUUGGACGAGUGUCGUAUAGGUA